AUGGCCUUCGAAUCCCUGCGGCUGGUGAACCUCGGGACAUCGUGCUUCAUCAACGCGGGCAUCCAAGCCCUGCUGGCAGCGCCGCAGCUGCCCGAGUCGAUUCAACGGGGGGCGAGUGCCGCAGAACGAGCCCUUCGGAACGUCAUCGCUCUCGCAGGCUCGUCGCCGACGGCGUUCGUGCCUCGGGCCCUGACCGAACUAUACUAUCACAAUCGUCAGGAGGACUGCAGCGAGUUCGUUCUCGGGCUGCUGCACGCAUGUGGCAGCUGUCACGGCAUCUUCGCAGGACAAGAGCAACCUCGCCUCCGAUGCCGUCAUUGCGGUUACAGCCGCACUCUACCGGCUGAGCGAUUUCUGUCCUUACAGCUGCCACUGAUGACCGAGAGACGCAUUCGCUCCGUGCAGGAAGCGCUGGACGCCUACGUGACAGCAGAGUACAUCCAAGAGGGCAUAGAUGAUUGGUGUUGCCUGAGCGACGAGUGCUUCGACGCCGGCGUCGUUAUGGAUGCGCCAAUACAUCAAACUCAGAUCAGCAAUUGGUCGGAAGCGCUCAUGCUGUGUCUCAAGCGCUGGGACAGCACGCAUGGACUACUCGACCAUGAAGUCUACUGCAACGGCACUGUUACAGCAGCAGGCCAGACGUAUCGACUUCAAGCCCUGGUCACGCACAUCGGGGACAACGCGAUGGCCGGUCACUACGUGUCCUAUCGGGCCUGCCGAGAUGGUUUCCGUAAAUUCGACGACAACCACAUCACGCCAUCCACGCGGAACGACGGCUAUUUCGUGACGCUGCCGGGGGAAAAGGUCUACAUGCUCGUGUACACGAAGGCCAGCUCCGACUCCGACGACAGCGACUCGGACGUCAUCGUGGUGAGGGACACCGACCAGCAAGCCGCAGAGACAAGCUCGUCCCAGCAAAAAAGAAAGCAACCGGAAACUAGCGGAGACGGCGACAAGCAGCGGCCCAAACGACUCCAAAACUUUUGCAAUUAUGCUGCCGAGGACAGGCGCCAGAUUGCAGAAGUGCUUCGCAAGAGUGUCACUCUACAGGAUGCCAUCGAUGCCUUGCAUCAGCAAGUUCCUGACUUCACGACGCUGGACACGACAUCGUCGACUUACUUGUCAAGGAGACUUCUGAGGAGUUGGCUCUCGAAUCACAGUGCCCUCGAGAAGGCCCUCUCCACUGCCUGCAAGAGCGACCUCCCCGCCCCCAAGAAGGAGAACAAGAAGAAGAUCACGCGCAGAUCGGGUAGUGCGUGUGCCAAUUUGGGCCAGGACGCCAGCAGCAAGGUAAAUGCUGCCCUCGAAAUUGCGACCUCCACUGGACACUUCGAGGACACUUUGACGCAAACGUUGCCCGGCUUUAGCAGCACCGAGGCGACUGCUCAGCACUACAUUCCGCGGGCUACCUUGCACAGAUGGUUCGUCUCAACAUCACAGAUAUCCCCGCCCGACACGUGGGCGGAUGAACACGGCCGACACUUUACUAUUGCGUGUGACAAGCCCGCAAAGAGAUCGACCGUGCCUGUGUCCGAGAUGGACGAGAGCUCCGUCUGGCUGCUGCAUGGAUCCUGGACAUUUUGUCCACAUUGCGGACGGCAUCGACCACAAACCAGGAUGCAAGGUUUGAGCGUCAAGCACAGUUCUGCAGUGCCAUGCUUCCCCUCCUGCGACCGCGAUGCUGCGGACUUGUUGGCACCACGCCAAAGCCAGGUGACGAUGGCCAACAAAUUAGAAGGCUACGUCGUGCCCCGAGCAGAUCAUUGGCGCUCAUGGAGUAACCACAUCGGCAACGGCGAACUUCGGCUAGCCGAUCUUCUCUCUGAGGCGGAGCUGCGUGACUUGGCGGUGCUCCAUAUCAACGUAGAGUUCCGGAGUCGACGUGGUGGCAAGGCCAACAUUACCAGCAAGCAGAAACGAACAGUGGUCCGAUGCACAUGGCGACCCACUUCGCUGCUCAGUCUUCGUCGGAACAACCAAGCAGCGCGCGCCUUCACCUGGCUCAUGCAGCACAACGCUACCUAUGCCAGCUAUGUGCAUCGCCAUGAGCAGAUGAUGGAGAGUCAUCGGGAGGAUGAGGCGUGGCGUGAGGUCCCGACUGCGGAACUCCUCCUCAACAUGCCGGGCGUCGAAGUUGCUGCGAGGCCGUGGUUGUACCCUCUAGCCAGCUACGCAGAGACGGACCUCGCGCAGCGGCUCUCGGCUCUGGGAUGGAUCGCCAGCACGCAAAAACCCAGCGUGCGUGCAGCUUUCUUACGGAAGCUGACCGGUCGCUGCAUCGACUACGCCAGGGACUUUCCACUACAGUGUCUUCUAUAUGACGUCUGCAUGGCCAAGACCAUUACGAGCGUCAUGAGCGUAGCCCACCAGCAAAACGUCGCCCCGGAACGAAUCUCCGCGGACAUGGACAUGUUCGAAGGCUACUGGCUGCAACAGCUCCAGAAAAUGGAAGACAUAUGCCGGCAGGAGUAUGAGAGAUCCAACAGCAUGACCGAGGCUCUCCCGAACGUGUUCUUCACGGUCGCCCCCGCAGAGUGGAAGUACGUGUUGCACGACGGCAUCUUCUUCGAGGGCUCGCUCAGCGAUCAGCAGCAGCUUCUCACAUUGCAUUUGCACCAAACGCUGCAAAACCUUCUGGAGGUCCAUCUUCUGCAAGAUGGAAAGAGUCUGGAAGAAGUCGGCGUCGCUCGGGUUCGACAGUGGAGCUUCCGUUUCGAGUUUCAAGGCCGUGGCACCCUCCAUCUGCACGCAGUUCUGUGGGCGGACUUCCUGCCGGGUUGGGGUGCAGAAAACAUCAGCGGACGCACAAACACCGAUAAGACCUCGCCGUUUCUCAACCUGCUCGAGAAGCUAUUUCGAUGCCGAGCAGACGUCCAAUGCGGCGACGGCUCUCACGUCUUGCUGAAGUACGUAGCCGGGUACCUCGCAAAGGCCUCGGAUGCCCUGAAAUUCCAAGCGAAACAAGUUCAACUCGAAGGCAACCAAGAGGAAAGGAGUCGAUGGCGUCAGGCUUAUCGACUGCUUUCCAAAAGAUCACCCAUGGAGCAGGAAAUGGUCAUGGAGUUCGCGGGCCUGCCCAUGGUUAAGCAUUCUUUCUCCGGAUUCGCCAUCUUCGCGCCGGUCCCGGGCAGCACUGCCAAGAACACUUCUCGGCAUCACUAUGAGGCGUACCAGUACCAUCUAAAGCGGUCCGGCGGCGCAUGGCCACCUGGGGAAAGUUUGAGUUUCAUCCAGUGGCUGCGUCGCUAUCGCCUCACCAGCACGAAGCCCACCGACUACACGGCCGCGCCCCGCAAUCGAGCUGGACCUGCUGCUGGCAAACCCUGCGGCGUCGCCAUGUCUUUUCCAUUCGAGAUGCUGGACAUCUUCAUCGGAACUUGGGCUGCUGCGUGCUUGCCGAACAUGCAGGAAAUCCGAAUAGUGCCCGAGCCCGAAGCGGCAGACUACCCCGAGGAACACAGCGAGGAGCUGCUGCGCCACAACUCCUUCCAUGCGCCCGAAGGCUGCCGCUACCUCAAAGCCGUCCUGUGCCUGGACGAAUUCCAGAAGCAAGGCGCUGCGGCGGGACGCUGGGAACCCGACAUCGGCAAGUUUCUCGGCCAGAUAGAGACAGAAUUGAUGUUUCGUGGACUUGGCCAGGAUCGCAUUGCCAGCUUCAAAGCCAGAGUGCACGCCUGCGGCCUGCUUCUCCUACAGGUCCGCGACGGCCACGAGGACCCCGGCCUGUGGAGCGCUCGCAGAAUCCACAGGUGGCCGGAACGUCAAUGGUCUGCCGAGCAACAAGAAGUCCUGGGUUACAUUCAGCGCGGCACCUCCGUUAGCGAGGCCGCCCACAUGGAAACCAGCAAACGCAUCCUUCAGGUGACAGGAGGACCAGGCACUGGAAAGACGGAGGUCCUCAUCGCCGCAGCCAGACAAGCUCUAGCAGAUGGCUGCCGAGUCCUCAUCGCGGGUCCCAUCGGCCUGCUGGUGUCGAUGUACAGGUUGCGGUUGCCGGCAGACGACAAAUUGACCAUGGAAACCAUCCACUCGGCUUUCCAGUUAACGCGAGACGCCGACAAGCCCUAUGUUCCGCCUGGCAGGCUGCGACGCUAUGAUUUAAUCAUACUGGACGAAGUGAGCCAGGUGGACACGGAAUCGUGGAAAAAGCUGAAGGCAGCCUUGCGCGAGCUUGCGCCAUGCCCGUACAUCGUAUUUGUUGGGGAUUUCCAACAACUUCAGCCAGUUGCAGGCCCUUCCCUGCUCCAACACGACCUAGCUCGAGAAGUCAAUGCGGGUGAAGUACCUUUAGUGGAACUCCAGCACCACCCGGCAGCUCGGUCCGUCGAUCCAAGCAUGCUUGAUUUUCUCAGACAGGCUCGCUUGAAGCAACCCACACGAGAAGCCCUGGAGUCGUUCUUCCGCGGCCGCAUCUGGGAAUCCGACUUGUCUGCAGCCGUCCGUGCCGCGAUUGCCCUGGAAGAGCAGAACGGCACGGCCUUCACGUUCCUGACCAUCAGGAACCGAGGCGCCUUCGAUCUCAACGUGGCCAGGCUGCAGCAACAAUUUCCAGAAGCCGCCCAAGCACUGCAACGAGGAGAAGGCAUUCCGGCAGAGACAGGAACCGUGGUCUUGUCACCAGGCAUGCGACUUCGCCUGACCUAUAACGUCGACAAAGAGAGAGGCUUUGUCAACGGUAACGUCGGCAUCGUUCGCAGUGUCCUGCGCAAAGAUGUGUGCAUCCUGCAAACUCCGCAGAACGUCUCCAUCUUGGUCCACCCCAUCACGGUCAAGGGCAGAAAGCACUUGCCCGUCGCAUACGGAUGGGCAACAACGAUGCGCAGGGCGCAGGGCGCCACCCUAGAACAAGUGGGCCUCUGGUUCGACAGAAGACUUGCUGACAGAGGGUACGCGUACGUUGGUUGCUCCCGCGCAAAGCUUCGCAACAACGUCUACCUCGUUGGCCGGGUCCGUCGGACCGACUGGAGACCAGUUGGUCAAGGCGAUGAGAACGAGCAGUCCCAUGUGUCUGCCCUCAGCGAGACCACCGACUCUGAAGACGAAGCGUCCAGCACACCAUCCUCGAACGAGACCGACACCUCCGGCGAGCCUGAGUCCCCUUCCACUGACCCCGAUUUCAGCUCCCUGGACAGUGACUGA